AUGGCCUUACAAGUGUACCAGCGGUAUGAAAUUGCCUUUUUAUCUCAGCAUCCGCUAGGACCGAAGCUCAGCCAUAUGGCUGUAGUGAAGGCAGUUCAUUGUGACAAAAAGACGGUGAAACGUUGGUUCAAGCGGCGGAAGCAAUCAAAAGAUUUGAGCGAUGCACCUCGAUCUGGGCGAUCACGUGUAACAACUCCAAAACAGGAUCAAAAAAUUGUUGCACUUGCUGAACAACAAACGUUCGUCUCAAGUCAAGACAUCGCGAAUCAGUUGAACAAUAACAUACAUGUCGAACUUGAAACUUGA